GCAUCGUGUUCCCGCCAGUCUUCAUCCAUCGGACUUGAAAUCCGCCUCCUUUGGCCAUCAUCCACGCCCUCAGACACGCCCCGUGAACCAAUCCCGUCCAAUUAUGGCGUGGAGACUAGUGCGAUUGUUGAUGGGAUUAUGUGUGAUCGCGUGAUCUGGGGUCUGUCUGUCUGUCUAGCCUCGUCCGCUUGAGGGGUCAUUUCGGCCAAUUCCGCAAGGGGGCGCUCGGGUUCCGCUUGAGCUAGAUGAGCCUGGCGUGUUCGGCCGAACUGGCAGACUGACUCGGCCCGUGGAUCGAUUUUCGGGGGCAGGAUGGACUCUCGACUCGGACCCGCCUUGAAUGGAGGCGGAUCUCGAACUUGGAGUCAGAGCUCGCAGUCCUCGGGGUUGGAAGGGGAAGAGGAUCAGAACUAUUCGGGAUUAGGUAUGAGUGGGACGGGCGGGACGAGAGGGCCCAUGUCGCCCAUGAAUGUGGGUCGGAAGCGAAUCACGGCCUUCAUUGCGGAUCGACCUUUGCGAUUGAAGAGCUAUACCCGCCGUCGUCACGUGCCGUUUAAGCGAUUGAGCGAGAUGGACAUCACGUGUGCCACGCAGAGUUUGCUCAUUCAGUUCUGUCCGGAUUUCGAUGAGCUCCUGUACUAUGGACCUACUGUGUUGGUUCAGAAGUUUCUCUCCGUCUCCGGAUUGGUCUUGAGUGACGUGCAGCCGGCCCUUGAUUCCCUGCAAUCGGCAAAUGAGACGCUUAUUCCCGCGCCCGAUGCCACGCCCGUGAAACCUUUGAAAGCCAAGAAACCGGGGUUACUGGACAUGGAUGACGACGAUUACAGUCCGACAGUUUAUGAGCGCAAACAAAAGGAGAAGAUUCGACGCAAAGAGCGCAUGGAACGCGAAAAGAAACUAAAGCAGACCCUCGCCGAGGAAACUGUUCCUUCGGGCACGGUUUUAGAUGUGAAUAAAUCAUUCCGGAGCCGGAAAGAAUCUCUCAUGGCCAAGAUCAAGGAGACCGACAACGUAUGCGGUUGCCAAAGCUUCCUGCUUAUUCUCGCACCGGACAAGGAUGCGUGUUAUUAUUAUGGCCAUCCCGCCUUUGUCUCCUUGUUCUUUAGCACUGGGAUUGCUAAAGGAAAUUUCCAUACUCGAGUCAACGUCCGUGAGUUUGAAGUGGAAGAACUCGAUUACACGCUCUGCUCCGUACCGCAUUGUAUCGUUUCGAGGAACUCUCUGAAUCGGUGGCGAUUGGCCGCCCAGGAAUUAUACAACUUCCCGAAAUCGUUACCUAUGAAUCUUCACAUUUGUCCGGAAGAGGAUCGAAGCCGUUGGAUGGCUGAACUAGACCUGGAUCCCAGUAAUCUCACUGGCAAGAUUGCUGUGUGCUCUCUCCACUUCAAAGACGGGUAUCCCUCCGAUGCGAACCCGUUACCUUCGCGAUUCCUUCAAGAAGCGUUGAAUUUCCAAGAACCUCAAUACUUUGGCGGAAUUAAGCCCCACACGAAUGAUUCCGAGGAGAAUUCGAGCUUGAAGCUGGUGAAGCUCCCAAGUGUAAUCAAAGACGUACCAUAUUCGCAAUUAGUUUUGAAAACUGGAAAGCGCAGAAAAGGCAUGUGGAGGCGAUCAUUUUUCAAAGUCCGUUUUGGCCUGCCUCUUCAUGAGCGAAAAGCCUUCAAACUGGUGCAAAGAGCUCGUAAGGAUCGCCUAGGAUCUCUGAUUCGUCUCCGCAAGACGGGAAAAUUGUUUCGAAGUACCAAAAGUUACUUCAACUUUGUUCGGAAGCGGUUAAUAGAUGCCCAAAUCCUGGAACAACGACCGGAUGAAUCAACGAUGGAGACCAGUGUAAAGCUCAAAAACGAAGAACCCGACCUGGAUACUGAUGAUGGACCAGUGGAACUGACGGAAGAUGAGAAAUUGAAAUGCCUUUACCAACUUUACCCUCGAUCGGAAGUGAGCACCAUGAAUGCGAGGAAGAAAUACGUGUGUUCUGUGUGUCAGUCGGUGUGUGAUCUGUUUGGACUCUUCACUCACAUGAAGCAAGUCCACAAAGGUCUACUUUGCCAAUAUUGCCUGAAGCUAUUCAAACGAGUGCCGGAUCUUGAGCAGCAUCUCAAAAACAUGCACAAUCUUCGACACCGGUUCUUUCAUUCCACAAAAGAGUUCACCAACAUUUGCGGCUCAAACUACUCCCUUGUGUGCGGGUCUUGUUCGCAAAUGGUUCCUUACACUCACUUAGAAAACCACGGUUGCAACAAGUCCAAGAAGCGCUCAUUUGAUUGCCCGUUUUGUGACAGAUCGUUUUCGUUUCAAAAUCAAUUGGAAAUGCACCUAUGUAAUGGUUGGUGCAAAGGCAUGCCUUGGUUAGGCAAUCCCAGUCGGAAAGAUACGCGAGCCCUGUACAAAACACUCACAGGAUUAGAUCUGGACAAGACUUUCCAAAGCUCUCUACCCAAGCCCAAAAUGUUGGCUCCAAGCAAGGAGGAGAGCAAAAAGACUGACACGCUCUUUAACGUGACCGACCGACAGAUUUUGGCCAAGUAUUCUCGGAAUAAUGUAACGAAAUCAUCCUUGGAAGCAUCUUUGAUUGAAGGUUUACCCGAAUCUGGCAGCAUAUUUUGUGGCAUGGCUAGUCGAGGAGUCAAUAAUCUCGUCCGGAAAGAGAUUAAUGUCUCGGGCUUCUCUUACAACCUGCAAGGCAAACUUAAGGAGUUGAAUAUCAAGCCCUCAAAGGCCUUGGAAGAGCUUCAAAUCACCAUGGCAGGCAAAAAAUUCGUCAUUGAGAAGCCUCAGCCGCCCAAGUUGAAAAAGUUAGCCACUCCCAACACGCCCAGUUCAUCCCCUCCGAUCACUUUAUCUGUUGUUCCUCCAUUGAAAUUGUCGGUGAGAAGGCAAACCGUUACGCCCAUUGAUCAACAAGAAACCCCGGAAAGCGUCGUCCAAUCAAAGGAUUAUCCAGUGGAGUCGUCGACUCGUGAGAACUCGGCUGUCCCGCCCUUGACGAAGAAAGUCGCUCAAGAACCGGUCAAAAAAGAGAACAAGACGGAUCGAAUCAACCGUGUCGCCACUGAGAUUCAAGCUAAUUGGGACAAGAUCCGGGAAGUCAUGGACAUGUUCAAGGCCUCUUGUCUAUUCUGCGAACAAGCUCAAUACAUCUCGUUGGAUACAGUGUUCAUCUUGUCCCAUUUAAUGAUCGUCCACGAUCGAUCCAAGGUCGAAGAAGUGUUUGAAGAGAGCCCUGAGUUUUGUAUCUCUCGCGUGAAGAAACAAGUGCGGGAUUGUCGCAUUCGAGAGAUCAUUUUCAACUACAACCUGAGCGAUGACUUAAGUGAAUUAAUAACUUACCGGUGUACCUAUUGCUCAUCCCGUCAUUUUCCCACCUAUGACGGUCUUUUGGCUCACGUGGCGGCGGACCAUAGCUCAAAAAUGCUGGCUUGCCACUUGUGCACAAACGUGUUUAUGAACUAUGGAAGCUACCUCAGUCACAUCUGCGGUGGACCGCCCCACGGUAGUCAGCAAACGCCCAAAGCCAAGUUCAAUUGUCGCUUCUGUUUCAAACCGGACAUGGGAAACUUUUUGGACUUCCAGUUCCAUCUCCGAAAGAAUCAUGUGGUUUGCGAGAUCUGCAUGAAGGUCAUGAGUGAUCAGCAAGCACUAUUGAAUCAUUGCCUAACCCAUGCUCAAGAGUUGAUGUGCACCAAGUGCUUCUUAACUUACGACACGCUACUGGAGUUUCGGAAACAUCUCUACUUGAAACAUGAGCAAGAACAUAAAGUGUGCAAGCAAUGUCAUCAGAAGACAUGGCCACAUGUUUAUCACUUCUGUGUCAAACCAACGGGUUCAAAGAUCUGCGAAGUGUGCGAGCAAACGUUCGAUAACUUUAAAGCAUACAGGGUCCAUAUUCGGAGUCACACUGGAGCCAAGCCGUAUUUGUGCUCGGCCACGGAUUGUUCGAAAUCGUACAUCUCCCGACAAUUGCUGUGGAAGCAUCAGAUUCGUCGACAUCCCGAUCUUGAAUCCUCGGCAAGUAAAGGUUUGCAAGAUAAGCGACAGAAACGAAUUCUGACUAAAUUCGACGCCACUUCCAUGGAAAGCAUCGAUAUUUGUCAAUUGCUCCUCAAGGAAUUGGUUGAGGACAUAUUUCCCAAGCCAAUUGAGCCAAAUGAAGGUGAUGAGGAUGGAAGAAAUGAAAGUGAAAACAAAGAAGACAAAGAGAACAUGGACACUUCGGAUCAGACUUCUAGUCCUGGUGGCGGAAAUGAGAAUUCCAAAGACCCAAAUCCGCCUCGUGAUAAGGAAUUUGAUGCCAUUGAUGCUGCUGUUCGAAGUAUCAUUGGACCUGAGGGAUCCUUUGACAUCACUAAAUCCCCCAUUAAAUCUCCACCUCCUAUGAUACCGGCAUCAGAUCCGUCUCCUGUGGCGGGCAUAGCGCGCUCAUCAUUACCCCUGCCCAUCAAUCCCCAUUUCCAUCAUCCCACUCAACCGCAAUCUCCGCUUCUUGUCAGAACAAGUGCCAAUGCGUCCUCGCCAGUGCUCAUUCGGCCCCAACACAUUUCGAGUAAUUUGCCGUCUGCCCUUUCACCAUCAUCCUCAGCGACAGGAAUCAUCCCUAAUGUUCGAAUGGGCCAAGUGAUGCCGACACCCGCAAGUAUCAACACGCCCAAUAUGCCCGGUUACGCGCCUCGAGCACCCAAGUCCAACGUGAGAUUGCCCAAUAUUCGACCGCACCAUCUCUUUGCCAAGCCCUCUCCUCCUCAAGCUCCCAGUGAAAUCCUACCUCCCAAUGCUAAAAUCUUGGAGCCAAACCCACCCCGAGACACCCAUGAUGCUUCAAGUAGUGAUCCCGAAGUGACUCCGGUGAAGAAGCAACCCGUUGUGUCGGGCAUUUGGAACCAGGAUCUCAUGUUCAUCGGGGAGGCUCCUCCUCCACCCAUUGAACCGAAUCUGAACAACAAGCAGAAGAAGAUCAAGACCUUAAAUCCGACCUUGGCCAAAAGCUGGGACGUGAUUUUGUCGGAGAGCAGUGACGAAUCUGGCGGUGAAAAGCCUCGAAAGCCUCGUAUUGUUGAGCGAACGCCGGUGGAUCGACGGAUCUCGCUCAGGGAUCACGAUUAUUGUCCAGAAGUAUUCGCUAUGGUCAACGAACCCGUGGAAGAUUUGAGUGAGAUGGACAAGCUCUUGAGUCAAGUGGCCAUGGGUCCGAACAUCGUAUCAGCCGAGAAGGAGAAGAAGCGGAAAAAGAAGAAAAAGAAAAGAAAGAAGAAAAAGCAUAAGAAAAAAGAAGCCAGCAACGAAGGGUCUUCGUCGAGUUCGGAUUCCGAAAACGACACUCUCGAUGUAGGCUCGAAGGCUAAUCUAGCCAAUGGGUAUGGCAUAUCGACGCCUCAGUCGAUCAUGGCUCGGCGAGGUAGUGGGCCCAAGCCCGUGUAUCAUACGCCCGGGGCAAGCACGGGCGUGACUGCGGGUGCGGCUCGGCCUUAUUUCACCUCCUCCAGUGAGGACGAAGCCGAUUCCGAAGACGAAGCCGGGCCAGUGGGAUCAUCGGACGAGGAGCCCAGAUCGUCUGAUCUCGACACGGAUUUCGAAGCCGAGGAGUUAUUGGCCAACUUAAAACAGAUCCAACAGAAAGGUCGACGAUCCAAACCGAGUGCCAAGGCAGCCUUAAACAAGGGCUCCAAUUCCACUCCAGCUAGCCAAAGCACCCCUGCCACGCCCUCGCUGAAACUGAAGAUCAAGUUACCCCCUAAACCUCCAUCCCCGGUGAAACUAUCCACCUUCAGUAACACGGCAAGCAACCCGGUCCAACAACGACCCAAAGCCAGAAUGAUCAACACCAGUUUGAAUCGUAAAAAGGCUCAACAGUUGAAGCUGACCUCCAAACCACCCGUGAUUAAAGCGCCCAAACGGAAGCGAGCCAGUUUUGGCACCACACUUCAUGGUCAACCCAUGUCCAAGAAAAUGCGCGAGAGCUUGUUGCUCAAUCAAGUCUCAUCUUCGUCGUCUUCGGCGGCGGAGGAAUCUGAGGAAGAAUCUAAUCUGGUGAUCGAUCAUGACGAGCCUCAACCGGCUCCUGUGGCCCCUGUGGCUCCUCCUCCCACUUCUCGUGCUCAAGCAGCCGCUCCUCCGGACUCAUAUGCGUCCAUUGACGACAAGUUGUAUUGCGUUUGUCAAAGUCCUCAUGACGAUGUGUCGGAGAUGAUCGGUUGUGAUGCUCCGGAUUGCCGCUUGGAAUGGUUCCACUUUGAAUGUGUGGGGAUACUGGUCCCUCCGGAGGGUCAAUGGUAUUGUCCGGAGUGUUCACAGCGAUACAAGAUUAGAGCUUAAUACGCAUACACUAUUACAUAGUGUUCCAACACAAGACGUCAAAUUAUUCGGGUGCUGAUAAGAUACAUUGCAUAUUAAAGCAACAUAACUACUUGACCGCGUUUUGAUGAAAUGAUUGUCUUUAAUCGGGUAGAGUAGUUAAUCUGAUUUAUUCAACAAAGGCAAAUCAUGACAUUGUACAAAUGAAUCAAUUUUGAUCUAUCACUCCAUCAAUGGCAGAUUGAUUGUGGAUUUUGAACAGAAAUAGUAAUAAGGGUUGAAUAUAAUUCGCAUAAUCUGUGUUCUGGUUGUAGACGAAGAAAUAGCUUUCGUUGCCGUAAGGAUGAAAGUAUUGGAAGAGGAUACACAUGUGGCAACGGGUGGGAUAGUACAGUGAAUCAUUAUUUGUAGUAACAAUAGUAGUAGUUGUUGUUGUUGAUGUUGU